UCUCCUGCAACGUAUAAUCAGAAAAGCUGAAGAGAGCCUGACGUAAGGAAUGCGCUCCCCGUUCCAACGUGCUGGCUGUCAGUAGGUGGGAAAUGAGAAGGGGAGAACUCGGCGCCUUGUCAGAUCAUUGUCAACAUCACCCCUACUUUCACCUCCCUGCACCCUCCCUCCCUCCCCGACAUCUCAUCACUUUUACCACAAGGAUGGUCCAAGUGGCAGUGUCUCGACACUCGGGAGAGCAGGAAGGAGCCGUUCUCAUUUGGAUGUAAACUGCCUGUUCUGGACUUGACAAUUCUCUCUCUCGCUCGGAUUAACCGGAGGACAUCCGCCUGUGCGCCAGUGAUUGUUUUCCAUCGUUUUUAUUUUCAAGAAAAACAAAUCUUCCCGUCACUUCUGCCGGCGUAGUGUCUGUGUGUUAUACAUAAUCCCAGCAAGUUAUGAUCGUCUCUGCUUUGCUAUUAACCUUUUAAAAUUGGACCUUUUUGCUUGUUAAUUGAACCGGAGGUUUGGGGGAAAAGUGCAAAUGUUUACUUAGAAACUUGAGGUUCAGGGUUGACAACUGCACCGUCUGUCUGACUCUCAGGUUCUCCGCCAGCACAGAAAUACAAUCCUGAAUGCAUUGAAUAAACCAGAGUGUUGCAGAGCAGAAACAAUUAUCACUUCGGGACUUACAGGGUUAUUCUUCGCUUUUUAUUAAACACAAAAAAAAUCCCAGGAAUUUACCACAAGGGGGAGAGCUUGGACAAACCUACAAAGAUUGCAAUGAAAUCAUCUCCAGGUCUGUCUCUCUAAAAGGCGAUCCUGUUAUGUCCAGCGUCUGGGCUCUUGCUGCUAUUUCCUCGGCGUUUCUUGGGCUAACUGACCUAGGAUGAGGUUCCCUGAACCCGCGGGCACUGUGAUACUCGCCGCCGCGCUGUGGACCGUGAGCGGCUUGGACCUGGGGCAGAGUCCGUGUACCACCCUGGUCCAGGGCAAACUCUUCGGCUACUUUUCCUCGUCGAUGGUCUUCGCUUCCAACUCGUCGGUGUGCUCCUGGAUUUUUCAGAACCCGGACCCUCGGAGGUACACGCUGUACAUGAAGGUAGCCAAGACCAGCAACGUUUGCGACCGCCACCAGAUCCGCACUUACCAGUUCGACUCCUUCCUGACCAGCACCCGCACCUACCUGGGCAUGGAGAGCUUUGACGAAGUGUUGAAACUCUGCGACCCCUCAGCCCGCUACGCCUUCCUGCAGUCCGCCAAGCAAUACCUUCAGAUGAAGCAAAUCGCCCGGCCCCGGGCCAGGGGCUCCCGGCUCAAAGACAAGGAGUUCUCGGCCGAGUACCUGGUGGUGGGCAACAGGAACCCCAGCAAGGGAGCUUGCCAGAUGCUGUGCAAGUGGCUGGAGACUUGCCUGGCCCUCAGCACCAGCUCCCGUCCCUGUGGCAUCAUGCAGACCCCUUGCUCGUGCUCCAGGGGUGAAAGCCUGGGACAGGCCACCGAGAUGCUGGGCUUAAACAAGAAGGAGGACAUUUGUCUGAAGGACGGCGUGUACUUGGAGCAUUGUAUCAAGAGCCCGAAGGGGAACGGCGAGACGGAUUCUCGCGGUGGCUGGAAUGCCUGGUCGUCUUGGGGUGACUGUACCAAAUCGUGUGGGGGUGGAUUGCAGACCCGAAGCAGGACCUGCCAUUCCCAGUUAGAGGAAGGGUUUGUUUGUGAAGGAGUUUCAGAAGAAGGAAGAUUAUGCAAUAAGCAGCCUUGUAAUACACAUGGACACUAUAGUUCCAGAAGCCAAUCAUUGAGGUCAAUAGACUACAGGAAACACCAAGAUGUUGACGGUUUCCAUCGCUAUGGAUACUCCCUAUCUCAGACAGGCGACCCUGCAGCAGAGGAAUGGUCCCCCUGGACUGUCUGUUCUUCGACUUGUGGGCAGGGUACACAGACCCGGAUGAGAUCCUGUGUAUCAUCUCCAUAUGGCACCUCGUGUAGUGGACCUCUGCGAGAAAUGAGACUAUGCAACAAUUCAGCAGUGUGUCCAGUCCAUGGUGUCUGGGAGGAAUGGUCGCCAUGGAGCUUGUGCUCCUCCACAUGUGGAAGGGGUCACCGAGAUCGUACCCGUUCCUGCAUCCAACCUCAAUUUGGAGGGAAUCCCUGUGAAGGACCUGAGAAGCAAACCAAGUUCUGCAACAUUGCACUUUGUCCCGUGGAUGGGAACUGGAAUGAUUGGUCUAGCUGGAGUCAGUGUUCUGCCACUUGCUCAAAUGGGACACAACAACGGACAAGGGAAUGCAAUGGGCCUUCCUUUGGUGGAGCUGAAUGCCAGGGUUUCUGGUCUGAAAACAGGCCAUGCUUUCCAAGACAGUGCCCAGUGGAUGGGAAAUGGCAAAAAUGGAACAACUGGGAACCAUGCACCAAAAGCUGUGAUGGUGGGACACAGCUUCGAGUGAGGGUCUGCUCUGGGCCAUUUUUUGGAGGACUGCAAUGUGAUGGACCUCAGGAGGAGUACAGAUUGUGCAAUGACAAAAAGUGCCCAGCACCUCAUGAGUAUUGUCAGGAAGAAAACUACAACUCCGUGGUGUGGACAAAGACACCAGCUGGAGAGUCUGCAGUGGUCAGUUGCCCACCGAGUGCUGCAGGAAUAAUCCUGAGAAAUUGUGUCCUAGAUGAUGAGGGAAUUGCUUUUUGGGAGCCUCCGCGUUUUACCAAAUGCAUUUCCAAUGACUACCAGAUGUUGCAGUCAGAGACAAGAGAACACCUGUCUAAGGCUCAGCGGGGAUUAACAGGGGAAGGAGUGUCAGAAAUCAUAAGAAAGCUGGCAGACACUUCGGAAGGAGGGACCAGCUACAGUGGAGACAUUCUAGCCUUAAUUGACAUUUUGAAGAACAUGACAGAAAUCUUCCGUAGAACCUAUUACACUCCUGUCUCUGGAGAUAUCCAGAAUUUUGUUCAGAUUGUGAGCAAUUUGCUCUCAGAAGAAAAUAGGCCAAGAUGGGCAGAAGCUCAGCUGACUGGGCCAAAUGCAAAGGAAGUGAUGCAAACUGUUGAGAAUUUUAUUGAUGUUAUUGGCUUUCGACUGAGUGACUUCAGGGAUUCCUAUCUUGUGACAGAAAAUCUAGUGAUCUGUAUUUAUAAACGGCCAGCCGUUGGAGCUACAGAUAUCAAUUUCCCAAUGAAAGGAUGGAGAGGAAUGGUUGACUGGGCAAGGAAUUCUGAGGACAAAGUGACUGUUUCAAAAACUAUUUUUUCUGCAGGAUUGACAGAGCCAGAUGAAUCUUCAGUUUAUGUGAUAGGAACUGUCCUGUAUAGAAACUUGGGGGCAUUUCUGGAUCUUCAAAGGAAUGCCACAGUGUUGAAUUCCAAGGUACUCUCUGUCAUUAUGAAACCUUCUCCAAAGACUUUGGCCAGCCCUUUGGAAAUUGAAUUUUCUCAUCUAUAUAAUGGCACCACGAACCAGUCAUGCAUUGCAUGGGAUGAAACAGACACCUUCGCCGUACAGGGGGUCUGGUCGAGCCGCGGCUGCAAGACGUUCCCCAUUGACUCGUCACGUACAAAAUGCCAGUGUGACCGGCUCUCCAGCUUCGCCAUUUUGGCUCAGCUCUCGUCAGAUUCGAACAUGGACAAAGUGAUCCUGCCUUCGGUCACUCUAAUUGUUGGCUGUGGAGUUUCCUCGUUGACUCUCCUACUGCUAAUCAUUAUUUAUGUAUCUGUCUGGAGGUACAUUCGGUCAGAACGGUCGGUAAUUUUAAUAAACUUCUGCCUGUCAAUCAUUUCAUCAAAUGCUCUUAUCCUGAUAGGACAAACUCAGACAAGAAAUAAAGUAAUCUGUACCCUAGUGGCAGCGUUUCUGCAUUUUUUCUUCCUUUCAUCAUUCUGCUGGGUGCUGACAGAGGCCUGGCAAUCAUAUAUGGCUGUCACAGGAAGAUUACGAAAUCGAAUCAUCAGGAAACGGUUCCUUUGUCUGGGAUGGGGUCUUCCAGCCCUAGUUGUGGCAACAUCUGUUGGAUUUACCAAAUCAAAGGGAUAUGGAACAGUGAACUAUUGCUGGCUCAGCUUGGAAGGUGGUCUUCUCUACGCUUUUGUGGGACCUGCGGCCGUUGUUGUUUUGGUGAACAUGGUUAUUGGCAUUCUGGUAUUUAACAAACUUGUAUCCAAAGAUGGAAUAACAGAUAAGAAACUGAAGGAACGGGCAGGUCAGAUGACAGUUCCCAUUUACGGUAUGACGCUCAAAUGUUCCAAGUGUGGAGUUAUAUCUUCAGCUGAAGUAUCGGCUACAGUCACCAGUAACGCCAUGGCAUCUCUUUGGAGCUCUUGUGUUGUCCUGCCACUUUUAGCACUGACCUGGAUGUCUGCAGUGUUAGCCAUCACCGAUCGAAGAUCAGCCCUCUUUCAGAUCCUCUUUGCUGUCUUUGACUCUUUGGAAGGCUUUGUCAUUGUAAUGGUCCACUGCAUUUUGAGAAGAGAGGUUCAGGAUGCGGUGAAGUGUAGAGUUGUAGACCGGCAAGAGGAGGGAAACGGAGACUCGGGGGGAUCAUUUCAGAAUGGACAUGCGCAAUUAAUGACUGACUUUGAAAAGGAUGUAGAUAUGGCAUGUAGAUCAGUUUAUCAAGGUGAAGGAUGUCAGCGCUGGGGAGUGGAACACUUUUCUACUUUGAGAAAGCAGUGUCAGGAUCAAGCACUCCCAGUUUUAAAUAAAGAUAUUAACGCCGUCAGAACAGGAACUCUGACAGGAACUCUAAAACGCUCAAUGGUCCACGAGGAAGAAAUGAAAAUGAAGUUUAACCAUCAAAAGUUGUCCGGUUUCUCAAGUCUUCCGGCGAAUGUGUCGAAGAUGCAUCUGCAGGGAUCGCUGAACUAUCCAGGCUCAUUAAACAUGAACGAAUUCAGUGAUCACACCUUGAAAAUAAAUAAGAGCGAGCAGCCGAAAUCCGUAUAUAUAUGCGACGGUGACAUUUUCAAGCAGUUAGACUCGGAACUAGCACGAGCACAAGAACAAGUCAUAGAUGCUAACUAUGUCAUCUUGCCCACCAACACCUCGACCCUGAGGCCCAAACCAAAAGACGAAAGCAAAUAUAAUAUUAACAUUAGUCAAUUGCCCCAGACUAGACUCAUUCAUCUCAAUGCAGACAGUGGGUUUUGUGCAAAAAACUCACCAAUGGAUCACAUUAACAUUGCUUGCAAUGAAAGGGCUUCUCCUGGCCACCAGAUACAGAGUUCUGCAAAUGAAACACAACUCCCCAAUAACCUUUGUGAUACAGGUGAUUCAGGGAACUCAGGGAUGGUAUCCAAAAGUGAGACAGUUUCUACAUUAUCCACAAGCUCAUUGGAGAGCCCUAAGUCCCAGAAUAAUCCUAGUCGCGCCUCCCUGAACUCUCUCCAAUGUGUCAGUGUACCGUUGAAGAGAAGAAAAUCUCGAUAUGCUGAGUUAGAUUUUGAGAAAAUAAUGCACACACGAAAACGGCAUCAAGACAUGUUUCAGGACCUCAACAGGAAACUUCAGCACGCUGAGAAAGAUAGAGAAUCUCCCACAAUAGACAGCAAAGCAGUGAAACGAUGGAGUGUUUCAUCAGCAGGAAGUGAUAAAACCAAUCUCAGUCAAGAGAAGCAGACUCCAAUCAAGCGGCCUUGGGAAGGAAUCAGAAAGGUACAAUCUCCACCCGCAUGGAUUAAAAAGGAACUGGAUCCCACCCAUCAGUCUCCCUUAGAAAUGAGAACGGUGGAAUGGGAAAAAACGGGAGCCACAAUACCACUUGGUGGACAGGACAUCAUUGAUCUUCAGACUGAAGUCUGACCUGAGGAGUGACUUUUUUUUUUAAACUUUAAAACAGAUUGGUUUCUUUUGAAACCUUAUUACAGUACAGAAAUCUUGUUCUCAGAGAGAUAUUGUUUUAAACCUUGUGAUGCAGUCAGCGUCGUGUUGUCUCACUACGGUGAGAAAACACGUUAGCGAACACAGUAACCGUAGUCCAGAAACUCUUAUCAAAGACAGUAAUGGGCAAAUAUAUAUAUAUAAAUAUAUAUAUAAAUAUAUUAAAAAAAACAAGUAACUUCAGUUUAGUGUUGAUUGCUUGAUAUGCAAGCAUUUUUUGCAUCAAAAUUUAAUGGCAUUUUCUUGUCAUAUUGUGUAUUAUAUUAAAAAAUGAAAUUUCAAACAGUAAAUACAAUGAACAUACUUAAAAAAAAACUGUGAUGUACCUGUCAAGAUUUUAGAUAUAUAAAUUGAAAGCACAAGGCCAUGGCUGCCCUGCUGUAUAAUAUGUAAUUAUUACACCUAUUGACUUUUAGCUUAAAUAUCUUUCUACUGUGUUUAAUUUCCUGUUAAGUUAACAGAAUUUAACAGUGUUAUGUACAAUGACAGAGUUAAGCUAAUGUUAUGCCAUGUGUUUAAUAAUCGUUGACCCUCGGAGAUUCUACUUUUAUGGUUGGUUAAACUGGUUCUGGUUUCCUAGAUCUGUGUUAGUCAGUUUUAUGUACAGUUUUCAGAGCACAAAAUGAAUGUCUCCUUUCUAAUAAAAGAGUAAACUAUA